CAAAUCAUAACAACAUAAUUACAAAGACCACAAAGUCACAAUACAGCAUCUAUACCCCGGAACCCAUAUUACUGGAGCGCUUCAAAGCACCUUCAGCCACUACCCAUGCGUGCGCUCUUGCUUUCACGCCAGUCUUGCCAGCAGCUGUCCACAACACUUUUCGGUCGGCCCUGUCUCCAACUUGCAAAAUGCCUAGGUCACUGCACGAAAAGACAUACAUCCACCAAAGCUGCUAACAAUGACUGGAUGACCUUCCUCAAGCCAACAUCCCCCUCUAGUCCCGACCCUUGUGGACAAGCUUUGCUGUUUGCAGGACUGGGAUCAUAUCCACACACUCCUCACGCACCUACACCUUCUUCACUGAAGAUUUGGGAAGAAGCUUCGGACGCCUUGUUUAGUCCUGAUGCUACGAUUGGGUAUCAACCAUGCGGGAUCACAGACGUUGGGAACAUUAAAGGAGGUCUUCGGAGCUGGGUUGAAGGAAGAAGUUUGGAUAAUCUCAUGAAAAACCCAGACGUUACAGCUGCUUUCAUCUUAACGUCUUCCAUUGCCAUUCUCGCCAGCGAGCAGGAGAAAAGUGGAUCAAAUAGCUUGCUACCUCCUAGAACAACACAUCUUGCUGGGCAUGGCUUCAUAGGCACAUUGACAGCCCUUGUGACUGCUGGACGACUAGACCUUGCUACUGGUGUUCGGCUAGCACGUAUAUAUGCUUCCCUCCCAGCAUCACCGGCAGGCAGAUCUCGGACUCAUCUGACAACGGUCCUCUCCGCACGACACUUCCACUCACUUUCCGCACCCUCGUUCUCAGUACCCCCUGCAUCUUUAUCGUACACUCCCAGCGACGUUUUCUUACACGACUCGGCGGAAACCGUCGAUUGUGAUCCUGAUGAGGCUCCUAAAACACCGAUGCCAGCUCAAAGGCGCAGAGCUAUGCAGUUGAUCCUGGAUGAGAUCCAUGGGCUUGAGAGGGAAUGGAUUGAACAAAGCGAUGAAGGGCACGAAGAAUGGGCAGCUGCAGGGAUCAUCAACAGUAGUAAAGUGGUGGUGGUGACAGGCACGCAUCACGCCGUCCUACAAGUCAUCGAGAGGCUUCAGCAGUUAAAUCUUGCUAAUCCUGUCAUGGAUGUUCAUAUGCCUUGCCCAUAUCACACGAAGCUCAUGAACCACGCCGUUCCCAAGUUCAAAGAUGUUUUAGAACGUUGUCACUUUGUGAAUAAACCUGGAGGGCCUAUUAUACUGGAUCCCAUGACAACUCAUCCGAUUGGACGAUCUGCCACCGUUCUCCUUCCACACCUUACUGCUCAACUGAGAUGGCGUAAAACUCUUUCUCGACUAUGCGGGACACCGGUACCAGAAGUCGGCAAAUUCUUGACUGUUGGCAGAGGCGCCAAAGGAUUGGGCAUCAUGUUGAGAGGAGAGUUGAGAGGCAGAGGGCAAAACGCCGCUCCUAUAGUGAUUGAGGAGAUGGGAGUGGGACCAAGGGAUGAGAGGCUCGUAAGGGCACUGAGGAGCUAAGCUUACAAGUGAGGGGCAAAAUACAUUUGUAUAAUACGAGGUUGUACGAUUGUGAUCAUUUGAUGACCUUCAUGAAGUUGUAUAACCCACCUUCCCAUCGAUAUUGCAGGUUUC